AUGGCAAAUCAUUGGUGGACAGCAGCUCGUACUCUGUUUGCACUCUUCCUAGCGAGCUCGUACAAGAGUCUUCCAGGUGCGUAUUUCGUGCGCUUCGCAUAUUAUCUCACCAAGAACCUUCUUCUGCCUAAGGUGCUCGUCGGCCGGACUGGCUCGACUGCCAACAUGCGCGCGCUCAAGAAAGACCACCACGGUGCUUUCCGGCGCAGUGUAAUCCACACGUACUGUUCUCCGUUUGAGUGUGACUUCUAUCUGCACAAGAACAACGCAACCUACUUCGAGGAACUGGACUUCUCACGCACAGACCUGAUGACUUCUGUGUUUCAGCAACUGUUUCUGCGUGCACGCGCGUGGCCUUAUCUGCCCGUGGCAAAUGUCUUCACUGGAUUCCGGAAGGAAAUUGCUCCCUUCCAACGCUACACCAUUGACAGUUGCGUUUUGUGCUGGGACGACAAGUGGAUCUACGUCCUCUCGCGCUUCAUGCUGCCAGGUGUAGAGCUUCCCUGCGCUGUUUCUAUUACCACUUACGUCUUCAAAGACGGGCGUCGCACUAUCACCCCCCGCGAAGCGUUGGAAGCGUGCGAGCUUUACAACGAAGACGUCGAGCACAUUGCACAAGAGAACCUCAAGACCGUGCUGGACCACAAUAGCUUUACGCCGACGGACAGGCUAUACAAAUUGACACAUUGCUAUACGGUCUUGUGA